UUAAGAACACACUGUUAUUUAAAAUUUAGAAUAGGAUAUUUUAUUACAACAUUAGUUUUGUCGUAUUAAGUUUGAAGUUCUUAGUUUUCUAUGAUAAAUUCCACCAGGAGUUUAUUCGUAUCAAAGUAUCAAAGCAUGCUCAAAUCAUUUAAAGAACACCAAAACUUCCCUCUGAUCGUGGCAGGAACUUCCUACGCAGUUCUGGCAUCAGUAAGUGCUUUCUGCUGGUACUUUUAUUACACCCAGAUAGUCAGAGGCGAUUUCUGGCACUACGCCUUCAUAACAUACAGCGUUAUGUUUCUGAACGGAUUGUCCGGAUUUACAGAAUUCAUACACGAAGAUUCGUUCUGGGCUCUACGGGAUCUUCUCGACUAUGCACAGCUAGUUCUCACAUUGCCGUGCUAUGCAGCAGAGGUGUGGAUAAAAAAUGAAGUUGGUCCUCAAGAACUUGCACUGCUUCACGCUGCGUUUGGAUUUUUGGCUCUCGCAGUGUUUAUCUUUCUGGAAUACAAGCGGCAAGAUCUGACCGAUUUAGCAGUGUUCUCCAAUUUAUUAUCUAUGCUGGUUGUCGCUGCAGUUUACGAGGACCCACUAGCAGGAUUUGCGGCGACUGUUUUCGCUGUCGGCUACUGUCUGUUAAAGAGAUCAUGUAACCAGUGUUGUCUGGCGCUUCAGGACAGAUUUAAUUUCCUAAUGGCAGGAUUUGCGGUAGUGUCUCUGGUAUCGUUCGAUCCGGCUUUGAUUCAAGAUUUCCGGAGUAAAUUUCCUGCCAUUUUGGGUUCCGGUUGAACUAGCAAAUGACUCUUGGGUGUAAUACUGUAUCUACAUGUAAGCUUAACAAAAAUGUACACUGGAAUUGCUAAUUCAGUUGAUG